UCGCCUGUCGCCUCUGCUCGCUCGGGGUCCAGUCCCAGGCCAGCUCGCCGCUCGUCUCGAAGCUCCCAGUCGCACUCUACACUCCGCAGCGCACACUGGUUCACUGGUUUUAGCCAGGUCAUCAGCUCCAGGUUCUCCAGGUCACGGACGCGUCAGGUCAUCAUCCCAGCUUACUGCAACCGCCAAUUCCGCAGUUUACGCUCUACCAUGGAUCCUGUGGAGACGUCUGUGCUGAACCUGCAGCAGCUCCCGGACGACGUGCUCGUGAUGGUGAUGCAGUAUCUGGACGUGGAGGACGUCCUCGCCUGCCGCCUCGUGUGCAAGAGGCUCUGCGGCCUGGCCCUGGACCGCGACAUCUGGCGCCACCGGUCCUUCGACGACGACGACAGCUGCGCGGGCGUGGUGCUGCGCCUGGCCCCGUGCCUCGACACGCUGACCCUCACGGACGAUGUUCCGACCACGACCAGGUGCUCCGUAGCACAUUUGAUUCUUCGGCCCUACGAUACCUUUAACGCUGCGGGGUACGCCUCGGCCGUGCGCCUCCAGGAGUCCUACGGCCGCCUCAGGAGCCUUGAGCUUUAUUGUUCGGACGUCGGAUUGAAGACUACAAACGACGUGCUGCUGAGGACGGUUGUGUCGUGUUCCGACCUGGAGUCGCUCGGAGUCUUUGGGCAACUACCAAGAACCUCACCCCCCGUUCUACAAGGGCCACCGAGGUCUUCGCUCAAGAAUUUCCAAUAUGAGGUCUACGAGUAUUCGCCAUUCUUUGUACACACCAUUCUGACUGCGCAUGCGGCUACGCUGGAGAAGGUUGACUUAAGCUCAGGAUUUUCCAUCGAGGACACGACAACGACUGCCCUGUUGGCCGCCUUGCCGAGACUCAAAAGUCUGCGGUGCAACGCCUCGAUGGCAGACUUGGAGGCCGUGGCGGCGUGCAGGACGCUCAGAGACAUCAGCAUUUAUCUGGGGGAAUCGAACGUCGUACUCCAGGCGGCCGCGAAAUUCUUUCGUCGCGCCAACCAACUUCGGAGUGUCUGCCUGCCAUACGGUGAGCCCGACGAGACCGCGGUGCUGGUCGAGGCCCUGGCCUCGUCCGGGCGGUCCCAGCUGGAGCGACUGUACUUGCGUUGCCACGAGGACGUAACGGGGACGCUGGUCCGUGCGCUGCCCGCACUGCCUGCCCUGCGCCACCUGGACUUUUCUGAAGUUACGCCCGAUGACGACAAGCUGCUCCUGAGCAUCACCCCCGCCACGGCCCCGGCCUUGAGGACGAUGGAGUUUGGGUGCUGGGGGCGAUGCCCCCACCCCUGGAUACACAGGGCCGCGGUCAAGGCGACCCUCGCCGCGAACACCUCGCUCCAUAUUCUGCUCGGAUAUGGUCCCAUUUGCGUGCUCCAAAACUGCGGGGCAUGUGUAGCGGGCUGUCACCAACAAGUCAAUUGGCGUGAGGGAGGGAUUAGGAAGAUAGGCCUUUUCGCACAUGACCAAGAUAAGUGUCCCUCACCGGACGUACACACUGAUCAUUCUAACAAUGGCAACCAGUGGAACCGGGGAGGGUCACUCAAGUGCACGUGGAUUCAUAUGUAAUACAAUUAUGCUUAAUUGUGGAUGUUCCGAACUUUAUUCUGUAAGACACUGUAAAAAGAUGAUCUUUCGUGUUGUUUUGUGCGAAAUUUUUUUUCAACAUAAGUAAGAAGUUAUUGUUUGAUUCAAUGUUUUAAAACCACCUUGUGUUCUAGACUUUUCACCCACUUGUACUUUUUCCUCCUCUUCUUGGGCUCCUUUGGGGUUUUAUUUCCCCAAGAUGUCUUACUGCCAACACCGACUGGCAAAGGCCCUCCGACCGCUUUCACGUCUCGUGUACGUGGAUUUAUACAUAUGUGCUACAGUUAUACGCUUGGUUCUCGUUGUUUCUUAUGUACUAUUUAUCUUUGUUCUCAGUCAUAUUGAUUAGAUGGAGAAUAAACUAUAUCAUCGUGCUGA